AUGCAAUCGUCCUACAGCCGGUGGUGGGAAGGGCGGAUACAAUGGGAUAAAUUAUCUGCGGAUUCACGAAACUUUGCGCGAACAAUAUGGCUGCAUGUCCCGCUGCCUGCCGCAAACCCAACGGACAAUGUGAAAGACAUUCCCGACAAGGUAGAGGUGAUAGAAUGCGUACACGCACUCGCGGUAGCCUUAAAACACCAUCUUCGCGGGGAAAGAGAAUGGAGCGAAUGCUCUGACCUAGAGCCGCUCCUUGCUCAUCUUCCGAAUGUCUAUAAUUAUACCGCCACUAAUCAUCCAGUGACCCUGACACUGCACCUUUCUUCUGCCGUUGAACGCUACCGUCGUAUCUCGCCCAACAUCCUGGACACGCAAGUUCUCACCCACCUUCUCACUCACGUAGAUGGGUUCACAAGCAUCAUCUCUGCCUGCGAGCGUCUCCUCCGAACACCUGUGCCGCUGGGGUAUAACAUUGCCAUCUCCCGCAUUGUCUGGAUCUUCGUGUUCGCCUUGCCGAGUCAGCUGUGGGGCGAAUUCGGGUGGUGGAGUGUUGCUGUGACUAUUGUUACGGCAUAUGCCCUAUUUGCACUUGCUGAAGUCGGAUUGGAAAUUGAGAAUCCUUGGGGAGAAGGACCAAACGACUUGGACCUGGAUCGUUAUUGUAAUCUGUUGCGCUUAGAUUUAGAUGACAUUAUGUCUCACCCUCAGGAUGGCAAUAGUGCUAUCAAAGUAUCCCCGCCUGAAUCGAGAAGCAGCCCGGUGAUAGGUGUUGGCGACGGUUAUAGAACGUUUGACUAA